CGCGCUUCUUAUCACUGCGAGCGUCUCAGCCACCAACCAGUUCUGUGACGACACCAGAGAGGAAGACAUGGCAUCGCUCACCAUGAUGGCUUCCUUCCUCGGCGGCGCCGCUAGCGUCGCCGACCGGGCAUCCAGCAACCGCCGGCGGAGCGCCAUGGUGGCCAAGGCGGCCGCCAAGACCCCAGACGCCGAGAAACCCGGUCACGAGGCUCGCGACGACGGAGGAAGUGCCGGGAGAAGAGCCGUGAUGUUUGCCGCGGCUGCGGCUGCAGUGUGCGCAGUCGGCGGGCGAGGAAUAGCGGUCGCCGAGGAGGAGCCGAAGGCGGGGACGCUGGAGGCGAAGAAGAAGUAUGCCCCGAUAUGCGUGACCAUGCCGACGGCGAGGAUCUGCCGCAGGUGAGGCGCUCCAUGGAUCCAUCAAUUCUGUCGUUGACUGGUUGUAAGGAACGUUGACUUGCAGUGAACAGUCGAUACUGUGUGUUCCCUGUAAUCAAUUUAACUUGGUUUUUAUGAGCUCGAUCGAUGCUUCUGUAA